AUGGACGAGCCGCGGCAAUCAAUGGAGUCGACUGGAAUGGUACCAAUGCGAGCCUCCUCGCCCUCGCCAUCCGUUCCAGCUACGCCAGCGAUCUCCUCCUACUCCUCCCCGGACCGCACGUUCUCCUCCGAGUCAUCCCGCUCCACAUCCUCCGCCACCUCCGCAGAUGCCAGGUCGUCGGUCUCAACCUCGUCGCGCCGCCAUGGGUACACCCGUGCACUGGGCGCCGAGUUCGCCGAAUCUGCCCGCCAUCGCGAUAGCGUCAUGAGUCUCGGCAGUAUCGCCCACUUACAGUACUACUUCGCCCGGACGGGUCUACUCGACGGCAAGAGCGGGCGUGGCAAGGAAUGGGACAAGGACAAGAAGAAUAAGGAUAAUGUGCCGAGGGUCCUGAUCACUCCCAAUCAGCGACACAUGGACGACGACUUAGUCGCGAGCCCCUCGGACAUGGCAGACCCGGCCGGAGGUGAAUAUGAGGAAGAUCCCGAGGUGAUGCUGCCGCCCACAGUCAGCACAUACAGCAUCAAGACACACCAUAUCCCCCCUCCGCCAGAUCUGAUCUCGUUGCGCCGGAAGCUUUUGCUGGCGCUGGACAAGGCAGAAACUAACAUCGAGGCCAUUGAAAAUGGCGCGGAGCCUCCUCCCCGUGAACCCAUUCGGUCAAGCCUCGCCCCGGGGGAUAUCCCCGAGACCCAAGAGGAUGACCAGUCCGCACAGGUGCCGACUCCAAUGAACAAGGAAGAGGCACAGGGGAUGUGCAUUCUGGACGAUAUGACGAAUGCAAUCCGAGCAGCCAAGAUCUAUUAUACAUCACACGAGAAGCCAGAACGUCUGGCCUCAAUAAAAAGCGAGCGCGAGAUCCGCAAAGAACUCUUCGACGUCCUCGAGGUUCUGAAGCGGUGGGCCGCCCGGCAUUUCGCCAGUGGUCUGCGCGAAGAGGAGCGCGAACGUAUUCAGGGGUGGAUGUCUGGCGUCCGCACCAUGAUAACCCGGGAGAAAGCGCUUGAGGACCUCGAGGCCCAAGAACGAGAGAAUUGGGAUUGGGCGGCUGGGGACUGGAGAGGUCGGGAGCGUCCACGUGAGGAGUCCUUCCUGCGCAGCCUCAUGCCUGGCGGUGACUCCUUGCCGACCUGGACACCAAUUGAAGAGGCCGGUGAAUCUCUCCCCACUGCCUUCCUGGAUCGCUUCCGGGACGGCCGUGCCCUGGUCCAGCUACACAAUCUUGCCAUCAAGAAGUCGAAACGCCAAUUUGGUGAGAUCACCGCAUACCAUUUGGACAUUGCCAAGCCGUAUCGGCAGGCUGAGAAUCUUCGGUUCUGGGUGAAAGCUGCAGAGCUCCGGUGGGAGCUUCGUCUGGAUGUCGAUGUGAUGGGUGUCGUACAGGACAGUGGCCCCGCUGCUUGGGGCCAGUUUGACGCUGCACUUUUGGCCUGGUGCAAGACUGUUCGGGAGGAAUUGGUUCGAGAUUGGCAGGAGGCCAAUCCUGGACGACCACCCAGUGCUGGGUUGAUUUGA